UCUCAUUCUUCCUAUUUCAGGCUAACAAAGCCAGUGAAUGGUUCUUCGUCAUCGGAGUGAUUAUGUCAUUGUGGUCUGCUUUCCUCUUCGACCAUGACAAUGUCAUCUUCUCCAAACAAGUACGCAAUGUGGCCCUCAUGAUGCCUCUCUAUUUGAUUAUUUCCUUUGCUUGUGUGUCUCUAGGAAUCAUUGGAUAUCGUGUUGCCACAUUCAAUGACUGCAUCAAUGCUGCCUCAGAACUGAAACAGCAACUGAAAGAAGCCAGAAAAGAUCUGGAGAAAAGAGGAUUUAAGUUUGAACUGCAGUGAAGCAGGAAGGUGAUGGAUCCGUCCUUUCUUGUCCCUGCACUUCACCUUAGACGUGUCCAACCAAAGUCUAUGUCCAUCUGGCCAGACCAAUGACCUUGUUGAUCCUUUUCUAAGUUAUCCGAUGGUCGUCUCUUACAAAUGAAGAAGUUUCCUACAACUUUCUGAUGGGGGAUGGCCACCACCUCCACCAACACCACAGAAAGAAGUACAAUUUUUUUUUUUGUCUUUGUUUUUCAUUUAUUUUUCUUUAAAAAUGUCCAAAUUAUUUUCAUUCUUUUGAAAAAGUCCUUUGGGUGGUGGGUAAUGUAGUGAAGGGGGUGGAACACAUAAAAGAAUAUACGUGUGUGUGUAUGCAUGUGUAUAUAUUUAUGUAUACAUAUGUAUAUAUAUAUAUAUAAUGUAUACACGUGUGUAUAUAAUGUGUAUAUAUGUGUGUGUGUGUGUAUAUAAUGUAUAUAUAUAAUGUAUGUAUAGAUGUGUGUGUAUAAUAUAUAUAUAUGUAUACACAUGUAUGCACUUGUGUGUGCUUGUAUCAAUUUUGCAUUCGCUUAUUCUUGUGAUGGUUUCAAGUUGCCUAUUUAACCUCAUUCUCUCUCCCUCUCCACUCAUGGUUGUCCAUCCUCAUCUUUGUCUGGCUCCAACCUUCUGAGAUCUAUUUUGGUCUCUCCCCCAACCACCCCCAACGUAUGCACUGUUCACCUUUCCUCAGUCCCCCUUUUUCUACUGUCUCACUUUCUCUCUCUCUCUCUCUGCACACAGCUCCUUUCCAUUGUCCCAUGGUUUCAGGUUCAAUCCCAUUGCACGGUACCUUGACCAAAUGUCUUUUACUAUAACUUCAGGCUGUCCAAUGCCUUGCAAGUGAAAUUGGUAAAUAGUAAUUAUGUGGAAACCCAUUGGGUGCCUGUCUAUACAAUGUGUGUGUGUGUGUGUAUAUAUAUAUAUAUAUAUAAUACAUAAUGUAUGUUUAUGUCUGUUUUCUGUUACCAUUGCUUUUAAAAAUGGUGUUUUGUUUAUGUCCCUUAAGUUGUUUGACCAAUUGCGGUCAAUAUCAGACUUGUAAAUAAGGACAGGGUUUGUUCAUGUAAAUGCCCCAGCAUGACCACACUCAGAUGAUUGAGACAAGUAAGACAAUGUAUAUAUAUAUAUAUAUACAUACACACACACACACACAUUCAUACAUUGUGUAUACACACACACAUGUGUCUAUGUAAUGCUCACUCUUUUAAUGGGUUGUUACUGGAUAAUGGCCAUGCUAGAACAUCAGCUUGCAAGGCUUACUCAAUCAUAUCAAACCAUUGUAUUACUUUGAAUCUUUAUCAGUUUCUAUUUGCCACAUUGCUAAGUUAUCAGACAUAAAAGCCCGGUGGCAGAAUAGUCAUUUCUUUUCUAUAGACUGUGAACAUUAACUCAAGACAAGAAUGGGUGUGUCCAUACACUCUCAUGCACAUUUAAAGGAGUUUUGUACAGUUUCUGUCUACCAAAUUCCAUUCACAAGACUAGAAGUUGUAGUAGAAGACAUUGGUCAAAGUGCUGUACUCUGGGAUUGAACCCAUAACCACAUAAUUGUGAAUUGAGCUUCUUAACCACACAUUCUUUCCUACUCAUCCAUUGAUGAUGAUGAUGAAUCAAUUACACUCUAGUUUUUUUGUUGUUGUCUAAACUUGUUGCCACAUGAAAUCAGUGAAUAUUUUGAGAAGAGAGAGUUUGGAUUGUCUCCUUUACCCUGUUUUUUUUUUUCUUGCCGUCAUUGUUGUCAUCAUUAACUUUGAACCAUUACUGAUCUUUUUUUAUUUAAUGUGUGAGGCUCAGUUUUCCCAAGCAAGAUUUAUUUCCUCGUAGUUGUUGCCCCCUAACAUUGGCAUCUUUUUGGAGUUUUUGGUUUACAACGAAACAUCAUUUGACAGAUAUACAUUGAGGACACACAACGUUACUUCAUUGGGCAAUUGUUUAUUCCAUGUGUGUGUGUGAGAAACUUCUCUCAUUGAUGUUUUUUGUUUUUUAAUCCAUUUUGUAGAUGUAAUGGUUUUCCAAAUCCAGAUAUUUUCAAAGAAUUUUAAAAGCCAAACAACUUGGUGUAGAUUGCCUAAGUCCAUCUAGUUUAAUUAAGGAAGACAUGUGUAUAUUUAUGAGAAGUAGUUUGAUUCCGUUAAGACUCCUAGACAGUACCAGCAUAUAGUCUUGAACGCGUAAUGUUUGGGUCUGUAGUUCAACGCAUUUUUUAUUGAAGUGGAGUUUGUCGUUUUCAACUUCUCAGUUUUACUCUCUUCAGUUGUAAAUAUACCCAGACACCUUCUUCCUGUUUCUGUUGCUUCUAUUUUGAUUCCUGGCAGUUUUGGUAAUUUUAAGUUUACAAAACAAUUUUAAGAGAUCAAAACUUUUUUAAAAAUUCAGUUUUAAGGUAGAAAAGCCAAAAGUUUUAAGAUAUUGGUACUUUAAGCUGAUGGAAUAUUCAAUCUGUCUCGUUUUGUUAUUUGUUUCUGCAGGACACAGAAAACUCUUGUUUGUGAUUGCUUUUUUUUUUUUUUUAACCUCCUCUUCUAUCACAUCUGAUGUACUUGUACAACUGGAAAAUGUUGUCACAAGUACAUUUGUAUGUUUUUAUUUUUUCCUUUUUAAUGAAAUUAUGUUGGUUAAUUAACUUGCUGAAGGUAGAACUCAUGAGAUUCUGUUCUAACUUCAGUGAGUUCUAACUUUGGCUCAUGCACCUCCUUACCCAAAUCUCUUCACUUUGGAAUCCCACUCCAUUUUGAGUGAGACUGUAGGGUUGUCAGACUGACCGACAUAGUCACCAGACCGAGGCCAAAAUGACUGACCACCGAGAGUUUUGGCCUGUUAUGGUGGUGUCCACUUUGUCAACUUUACUAAAGGAAUCUGGUGCAUGAGACACGAUAAAGAGGUUGAAUGUUGUUGAGAAGUUUAAAUUCUUGUCAGGAGGAAGGAAACUGAAACACAAAUUCCUGGAUUAGCUUUCAAGUACCAACUGUCUUGCAGGGGUGGAAUAUUGUAAACUUUGGUGAAACAAACUCAUUUUUAAGGUCCAAUUAAAUAUUUAGUGCUUAGUCAAGGUUUAAUUAUUGCUGGAGAUAUUUUCGGGCUGUUGAGGUCAGCUUUGUGAUUAUCAGGUGUCAUUCUGAAUGCGUCAGCGUCAUCCUAUGUCCAUGAUGUUUUAUCACUCAUUAACCUUAAAUUUCUUAUGGUUUCAGACACAACAGAUUUGGUUAACAUCAUGAAGAAUUUCUUCAUCAAUAUUAUUAUUAUGUCCCUUAAUGAUUGAAGUUCAGCCAUUAUUAUCACUGGAUCCCUGAACCAGAUCAACUCUCCCUCUCUUCUAUUUAGGGUCUUUUGCUACUAAUAAACGUAUCUUCCUGCAUGUGUAUUGAGUUCUCCUUUGAACUGUUGUCCCAACUCCAUACUGCGUGUAUUCCUUACACAUUAUAUAAACUAUUGAACCAUUUUUUCAUCACUUCAAUAUGGCUCUAUAUUGUUCGAUUAUUAAUUUAGGAAAAUUGUCUUGAAAUCUGACAUAGAAAUCAUCAUUAUCGUUGUUGUUUAAUGGCUGCUUUCCAAAAUCUAAUUUGCAUAAUUGUAUUUGUAAUUUUGAGUGCAAAAGGUUCCUUUCUCUUUUGUGAAUAAUCAAGAAAAGAAGUUUAUUUUUUUGUUUCUUAGAUUUUUUGUGUAGUUUUUCUAAAACUGAACAGUUUUUGGUGGUUUUGGUCUCUGAUUAAUCUAAAGUCUGUCCCAUGUCUCUAAAUAUGAUAGGGGUCAGAGCUUAUCUGAAUCUUCAAGGUGCUUAGGUGUUGGCAGUAAAAGAUCACUGAAAAGGAUCUGGUCUAUUGCAGAUUUAACCCACAGCAAUCGCUGGUACUUGUUUUUUUUGUUGUGUAGACUGAAGCAUUGUGAAAUAAAAUACUUUGCUCAAAGAUAUACCUUGCUACCCAGUUCAAGAAUUGAACCCAUGUCCUAAUGAUUUGUGACCUGAACACCAUAAUCACUUGGCCGUGCAUUUGUGUUAGUAAGAAAUAAAAGAAAGAGUUUCUUCUAAGUCUUAUAAUGGUAAAACUAGAACCUUAAAAAUUUUCAAUAAGAAUUAAACUCUACCAACCUUACAUAUUGUCAUUUCCAGAAAACUAAGAGUAGGCGGGGGAGUGCAUUUACAUAUUUAAUUUAUGUAAUUGUGAUUAAUUUCACAGCAAAAGCUUUAGAUUUAAUUCAAUUUGUCUGAUACCUGCUGUGUUGUGUGUAAUAAAUGUAUAUUAAUGAUGAGCUAUUUAAAGCCAAGUAUGUUUAACCCUUUAGUGUUUAAACCGGCCAUAUCCGGCCCAAAUAUUCUACAUGUUUUAUAUUCAAACUGUCAAUAUCUAGCCUCUCACACCUAACCUACAAUGACAUUCUAAAAAUAAACUAUCACACCAUCGAAACUUCAAAGCUGUAAGAUAAUGUAUGAUUAAUUCAAAACAAUUUGAGUGAAAAAAGUAUUACAUUUAAUAGAUUAAUCUGAACACUAAAGGGUUAAUUAAGCUGUCUGGUGUAAUGACAAGCCAUUAAGUGCUUGUAAGUUGGAUAGGAAAGGCAAGAAGUAUGUCUUCUCUGAUGAUCAAUCCACCAAUUGUGAAACAGUCUGUCAGGAGACAUCCCUUUGAGUGGAGGGUGGGGAGGUCCACAAGCAGCAGAGAAGAAUUGUGUUUAUAUCCUUGUACUUAUAUAAUUGUAAUUAAUUUAACAGCAAGGGCUUUCUUAUCGGUCAAGAUUCAAUUCUGUGUCUCUUAAGUUCUGAUCUCAGACAAUUCUUGUUUUGAAUUCUUUAGAAGUUUCCUGUCAUAGAAGAAAACAAUCCUCCACUUCUCUGUUGUUUCUCUUUGUUGGUUGUGGCCAUGCUGGGAUACUACCAUAUUUAUUUAUUUAUUUAUUCAAAGACCCUCCUAACCCCACUUCUGCAUUCCAAAUGUUCCAUUCUAGAACACAUUGGUUUCUUAACCAAACCAUUGGGGGGUUCAAUCUAUGCUGUUAUUUGGUCCCUAGUGGUGUCUUAGAGAAACUAUAGAAUAUAGUCUUAAAAUCUUUCUCUCCCUCUUCAUGUAUGACAUCCCCUUUUAUUGUACCCUUUUUUGUAAGUGCCUUAAUUACAUUUUCAUCUCAACUGUGAAAAUAAAGAUGUUAAUUUUA